ACAAAGCUUUUCCAGCUGCUGCCACGAUGGGAACGACACGGCUUCCAUGCAGGUCCAGGAGUUUUUGCUUCGCUUUUAGUCUUUUUCUCAUUCUGCUUCACCAAACUGCUGCAGAAAGAACGCUGAAAUGUGUGGUUGCCGUUUUUCGACAUGGUGACCGAACCCCAAUUGAAAACUUUCCAACUGGUCUACACAAAGAAAGCGAAUGGCCACAGGGAUUUGGACAGCUUACCAAGAUUGGAAUGCAGCAGCAAUAUGAGCUUGGACAGUAUAUGCGGAAAAGAUACUCAAACUUCUUGAAUGCCACAUAUAACCGGAAUGAGAUUUUCAUUCAAAGCACAGAUUAUGAUCGAACCAUUAUGAGCGCUCAGGUAUAUCUCGCCGGACUCUUUCCCCCAGUGGGCAACCAGAUCUGGAAUCCCCAGAUCCUUUGGCAACCCAUCCCAGUUCGCAUUAUGCCACCAUCAAAAGACCAUAUUCUGCACUUUCCUUCUUCUAACUGUCCAUGUUUUGAUGAACUUCAGAAUGAAACCCUGACAUCAUGGCAAUUUCAAAACAAGUUGCAACCCUAUAUGGGUGUUUUAAAAACUAUGGCAGCUAACACAGGAUAUGACCUGGACACUCUCAAACAACUGAAUAAGUUCAAAGCCUGGAAUACAUACGAUACUCUGCUUUGUGAGAGUAUUCACAAUUAUACUCUCCCUAAAUGGGCUUCCCCGGAUAUAAUGAAGAAGAUGAAGGAGCUGGCAGCAUUGUCCUUACAGUCAGUCUUUGGGAUAUACAAAACAAAAGACAAAUCACGACUACAGGGAGGUGUCCUGGUGAAUGCUAUUCUAAAAAGCAUCAAAAACGCAACUCAACCGUCAAACAAGAGAAAAAUUCUGAUCUUUUCUGCACAUGACACCACAAUUGGUGCCCUUCAGAUGGCGCUCAAUAUUUUCAAUGGAAAACUGCCAUCGUAUAGUGCUUGCCAGUUUUUUGAACUCUACCAAGAAAACAGUGGGCACCACAGCAUUGAAAUGUACUUUCGGAAUGACUCCUUGAUGGAUCCUUAUCCACUCAGGCUGCCAGGCUGCACGCAUCCUUGUCCACUUGAGAAGUUUGCUAAGUUGGUCUCUCCUAUCAUAGUGGAAGACUGGUCAAAAGAAUGUGGAAAGUGUCAGAUACAUUCCUAGGAUUUGACUUUGCUGUUGGCCUGUUGUUCGUCUUUGAUGCUCUGCUGUUGUACCUCCUCUAUGAAAAUGGAAGCUGCAGGCAUAAAAACACUUAUCAAAACUUUUAAAGGUAAAAGAAUGAAUAGGUAGAAACUGCAAAACUUCAAGACCAGCUAGAUGUCUGUUGUUUUGUUAAGUUGCCCUCAAUGUUUUACAAUCUACGAUUAUCUCUGAUCAAAUGUUUCUACAAAGUACAUUGAAUGAUGAGAAUCUGCAACCUAAUUCAUAAAUCACUGGAAUAUCACUGAAAUAAGCUCAUGUUUAGAACUUACCUUUGUAAUUUUGUUUAGGAAAACAGUGCUUAAAUGAUCUAAGCCAUCUCUUUACUACAUAUGACUGACAGCUUUUACAGCUGAGCAUCAUUUAUGUUGUUCACUCAGAUCUUUAUCUGUGGUGUUUAUACCAAUUAUUAAUGCAACCACCAGGGAAAGCAGUGAUAUAUUGUCCAGCUUGAUAGAAGUUAUUACCAUCUGUCCCUCUCUCACCUCCACCAAAAUAAUCUUUGUUGAAAAUCAGUGUCUAUUCUGUUUUCCUUACUUCUUACGUGUGGUUAUUCUGUCAACAUAGAGGAACAUAUAUUCAGCAGAUGGAAUCUGCAAUUACUGUGUGAAGAAUGUUUGUACCAGCAUUUGCAUCCACAAUUACCACAUUUAUUCAUGCAAACCAUGCCUAAGUGCUGACCUCAGCUUCCACCUGCAACAAUGGGUGACCUGCAAAGGUGCUAUAUUCUCACACUGUCAUUGAAUUCAGCUGGAACUGUGGGCGCUCACUAGCACAUCUGAAAAUCAUGCCAGAAGCCAAUAUUGUGUUUACCAUCUACUAUUUCACUCCCCUCUCUCAUCACUUUCCUCAUCCUUGGACCUCCCCCAAGCCAUGGCUCUUCACUCGCCUUUGUUUUCUCUGCCCCUGGUCCCACUGCUAUACCUAGAGUAGCCUACCUCCUUCAGUACACUACCCACUUCCCACUCUUCCUUCAAGUCCCUCCAUAAACAUCACUCCUUUCAGUCAGCUUUUAGGCACUAACCCUCCAUAUACCUGAUCUCAGGCCUCACCUUAUCUGUUAUUUGAAUUCACAUUGCAUGUUCAACUCCCUGGCAGAAGCAGCGCUAGCCAUUGAGGUUGCUAAGCAAGAAUAUUUUGCCUCCCCCUCAUACUAAUAAAAGUCCAUGUUUAUUAUAAUAAUAAUAAAAAGCAAAUAAGGGGCUCCCUUGAGCUGCUCGGAGCCCUAAGCAAUUGUUUGGUCUGCUUACGCCUAGCGCCAGCUCUGCUCCCUGGCCUCUCUAAAAAUCCUGGGAACUAACAAGACAUGUAUUGAAAGAAAAUAAUCAGUUGCUUUGUUUUUAUGUUGCAUCUCUUUCCUGAACUGCAUUUAAUCUAUUUAGAUUGUUAAUCCUUUGAGCAGAGAACUUGUCUCCUUUCCUGUCUGUAACAUGUCAUACAUAAUGAUGGUGUCAUAUAAGAUAUGAUUAUUAAUAAUAAUUUAAGGGGCAGUUUGUACCUUUUCUGCCACAGCUCUGUAGGGGGUGAUGUGAGCCACAUUGCCCCAGCAGAAACAUCAUGAAUCAAUUUCUCUCAGUGCUGCUCCAUGCACAAUCGCCAUCAUUGCCCUGGGAAGAUGAACAAUUAGAAUGGAGGAAAUUGCUCCUCUCAGUGCAACAGCCCCACUCCAUGGGUGUGGAGAGGAGGUGGCCAUUGGCUGUGCCUCAUUUUCAGACUCCUGUUAUCCGGCGGUGAGCAAGCAUUCCCUCUAUCAUCCUUGUGCUGACACACUCUGAGGAGAAAUUUCUUGGUGUUCCCUGUUGUAAUAACUGGGCCUAAAGAUUUACCCUAAUUGUGAACUCAACUGUGAAAUGUGAGUGAAAGUUUAUAAAAUGUCAUAACCACCUAUAAACAAAAAAUGCUGAAUGGAAAAGGUACAAAAAAACCCAGACAAUGACUGAACUAGUCCAAACAAAAAGGCUUACGGAUAUAAUUCAAGGGU